UUUAAACCAUCAGAACCAGACGAUAAGAAGACUCUUCGGAGGUUGGUUUAGAUCGUCCAAGCACUUAACACACGUGCAGGUUCAAGGUCGAAUCUACUGGACGUCGAACUGCAGACCAUCGAUGACCUAUCGAACACAAAUCAUGAACGUUACACACGACGAAAACAUCGAUUACAUCGGCCAAGUCAAGAAUUUCGGGCAACUCUGGUACCUCGUAAAUCCUUACGACUCUACCUUCGAGUCGCCAGAUGCGGUUCCUGAUUAUCAGCAGCAGGUCUGGCUCUCGUUUUUCGUCCUCAUCGUCCUGGAACACCUCAUACUGCUCCGAAGGAAGAAAACCUCUUUUCGGUUGAACGAUCAAGUGACUUCUCUUUCUCACUGGAUACUUCAAGAAUCCUGGCGGAUUCUUUUCCGUGGAGUCGAAUAUUACGCGUACAUCUGGAUUUACGAGAGGUAUCGAGUAUGCGGUCUACCCUGGGAUUCCCUUUGGACGUGGUAUGUUACCGUCAUUGGUGUGGACUUCUGUUACUACUGGGUGCAUCGUGCAAAUCAUGAAAUCCAUGUACUGUGGGCCCAGCAUCAAGUACACCAUAGCAGCGAGGAAUUUAAUCUUGCUGUCGGUUUGCGGCAGUCCGUCUUACAGCAUUGGUGCAGCUUCGUGUUCUACUUGCCACUGGCCUUGGUCAUACCUCCAUCGCAUUUUAUAACUCAUCACCAAUUAAAUUUAGUGUACCAGUUAUGGAUACACACGACCGUUGUCAAGAAUCUAGGACCUUUGGAAUUCAUUUUAAAUACUCCGAAACAUCAUCGAGUUCAUCAUGGAUGUAACUUAUAUUGCCUGGAUAAAAAUUAUGGCGGCGUGUUUAUAAUAUGGGACAGAAUAUUUGGAACCUUUAUGGAAGAAAGACCAAAAGAAGACAUAAUAUAUGGUCUCGUAAUGAAUCCUCGUUCGUUCAAUCCGCUGUAUUUACAGAUUUUUUAUACAAGAGAAAUGCUCAAAAAAUGUUCAACCAUGACGUUUUGGGGAGAUAAACUCUCUGUGAUCUGGAAGGGUCCUAGUUGGUUUCCAAGUAGUCCUCGCCUCGGACUGGAUGAAUUUAAACUCAAUAUCACGUCAAGAAUUAAAUAUGAUCCACACGUUCCAAUGUGGCUAACUGUAUAUAUAUCUUUGCAGUUUUGUUUGAUUCUUUGCAGUCACGUUCAACUCUACGGCAACGUACUCGAUUUAAAAGACACUGACUUUAGACUGAUAAUGUUAAACAAUUUAUUUGCAUUGACAACAAUUGGUUUGCUAUUUGACAGAUCAAGGUAUGCCAGCCUUGCGGAACUAAUCCGCUGCAUAUUUUUUUUAAUGACGGUAAAUAAUAUGUAUAAUAAGACUUUAUACAAGGUAGUAUUCUAUGUGCACAUAACGUCGACUUGCUUAUGGGUAUGUUACAUAGCACGUAAAACAAGACUUGACCGAGGACUGAAAACACAGCGAAUCAAAGACGCGUGAACAUAUUUAAAUACCAUUAGACUUGAACUCUAUUUAUUAGUGUCGCGAUAAAAAACAGUAUAAACAGAUGUGAGACAUCCUUGUAAUCAAGAAUAGUAUUUCAUGAGGUAGCUUUGUUACUUAACGACCUUGAGCCACACAUAACCCAUGAAUAUCGCAGUUUUUACUAGAACCAUUAUUCCUGUGGUUACCGAACAUUUUUUUAAAAAAUUGGUGAUAACUUUUCAUCUUUACAUUUGUAUAUUUCUCCUUUGAAAAAUUUAUAUGAUUAAAAUUAUGUAUAAAUAAAGAGAGAAAAUUUGUCUCCUCAACAAAAAUCUAAGAGAAUUCUAAUAGUGUCUCCUAAAAUUUUCGCAUAAGAUAUGUAAUAAUGCUAUUAAAUAAACUCAUGUUAAGUACAUUCGCAAUAUAAAUAGUUGUGGUAUUAUGUCGUAUACAGAUUUGUUAACUUUUAUUAUACUCCAAUCCAUGGUACAAAAUUAUACAUGUAAAUUUCGCUUUGCCAUGUUUUCAGCUAUAUUUGCUCCCACAACAAGAAUAUAAGUGGUCACGUGAAAGUACCCAUUACAUAAUGGAUCACUGUUACUUUUCAAAAUCAAUUAUUACAUCUGUACCUUCACACGAUUAUAAGAUAACUAGAGCGAUUCAUUCUCACUGAGUAUUAAGAAAAAUGUAACAUGUCGCCAUAUUAAACAAAUCGGCACUGGACUAAUCUGAAA